ACCGCGGGGGCUGGGCGUCAGCUACUUCCGCCCGGAGCGGACAGCGGCCUGGAGAUGUGCGGGGCCUGAGAUCCCGUGUCCUUACCUGCUCCCAGGAAGAGAAUCCCCCACUCCCCCCCCCCAGGUCCGCUCAGACGGGGUUGCCGGGGGAGGCAAGCUUGUGGACAUUUGAGGCUCCGGCUUGGGGCUGGUGUGAGAGGCAGGGCCUUCCGGACCAGGCCCGCGGGGCCGGCCGCCGGGAGCUUGUGGGAGGAGGGAAGAGAGGACGGAGCAGGCCCUGCCUCUAACCCCGGCCCCGCCGCGCCUUCCUCCGGCUCCGGGCCGCCAUGGAGUUCGCGGAGCUGAUCAAGACUCCGCGAGUGGACAAUGUGGUGCUGCACCGGCCCUUCUACCCGGCUGUGGAAGGCACGCUGUGCCUGACCGGCCAUCACCUGAUCCUGUCCUCCCGGCAGGACAACACCGAGGAGCUGUGGCUGCUCCAUUCCAACAUCGACUCCAUCGAAAAGCGGUUCGUGGGAUCAUUGGGUACGAUAAUUAUAAAAUGCAAAGAUCUGCGGAUUAUUCAGUUGGACAUUCCUGGAAUGGAAGAAUGUUUGAAUAUUGCAAGCUCCAUUGAG